UAAACAAUAAAUAGAAAUUUUCAGAAUACGAAAACCAAAAAGAACGAAGAAAAAAGAUCACAAUGAAGGCAAAGCCACGAAAUAAGGAUAUCGAUGUAGAAGGGAAUCUCGCUGAGCCAAUCGAAAACUUAAGACUCAAAUUAAUUUACAAAAUUGUGUUCUUCGCCUUGGGAAUACUGGCCACUCUUACAAUAUUGAUAUUGAUCCGGUUAUCAGACAAUUUGGUACUGGAGAAGAAGCGACAGGCCUUAAGACACUUCGAGGAACUUGCUAGUCAUGUCAUUGAGCACCAAAACCAUUCUGUGUGAAGUGGAAAUAAGUACAUACGUAGUACUCGUAUGUAUAUUCAUGCCAGACUGAAGCAGAGUUUAGUCCGAUCGUUAA